AUGCAAACUUCCUUCUUUGAUCAGCAGAGGGUGGAGAGAGAGAAAGCGCGCAAAGCUGCGGGCCCGGCCGGGCGCCCUUGGCGGCUCCGCCCCUUCCGGAAGGAGCCGCGGGGACCCGGCCUCCUGCACCUUGACCCGUCUAGACGCCGCACGAGGUUUUGUCUCGGUUUCCAAGGGCGCGGGGUGCUCUUUGACCUGCGCCCGGGGCGGAGGUGGUGGCACAGAGCCCAGCACACCCCGGCAGGUCCCGGAGAGAGAGGGGCGCCCGGGACCCGCGCCAGCUGUUCUGAGAGCAAGCCGGGGCCAAUGAGGGGUGCCCCGGGCUCCGUUCCCCUGGCCCAGUCCGAGGCGUUCCUCAUCGACCUUUUGGAUAAAGUGUGUAUGCGAAUGAACGAUUACCAGCUGGAGGACGACCCAGUGACCAAACAGAAGUAUUUCAGGAGAUAUGCUCCGAGAAAGGGAGACAAAAUAUACAAAGAAUAUAAAAAGUUCUUCUUUUAUUCCGAUGCCUUCAGACCUUUGAAAUUCGCGUGCGAAGCCAUCAUUGAAAAGUAUGAGGAUGAGAUAUUCGCACUGAUCGCCCAGGAGGCACACCAUCUAGCUGAUAUGCUGUGCAGUGAAAAAUCAGAUCUGUGUGGCACUCCUACCAACAGUCCUGAACCCUAG